AUGUAUUAAUCCCAAGAAAUAUUGAGUGAUGAAGAAGAUUUUGAAACUUAAUAAUAUCUAAUUAGGCAAAGACAAAUUGCUGAAUUACAAUAAUAGUAUUAAUCGAAAAGGCAGGAGUUAGAUAAAUAUUUAAAGACUGAAGAGUCCAUAAUAUCUCCUAGAAUAUUCAAUUAUGAAACCAACUACUCUACAAAUUAAACUUUGAAAUGCCAAAUAUCUCCAGAGAUGAAUUAGAUUUCAGAUAUUGCAUAGAAACAAUAAAAUCAAUAUUUAACAAGUUUUUCGUCCUUGAAUAAAAAGUCAUAGAUUACUCCUACAUCUGAAAGAAGAUAUGAAGCCUAAAUGAAUUCAAAUUUUAAUACAAAUAAAACAUCCAAAUCUCCAAUUCAAAACCCAAUUCUGUAACAUAAUAAAAAGAUAAUCAUAAAGAGAGUAAAUCACGAAACUUAAACUCAAUUAACAGUCUCUUGUAAAAUACCAACGAAUUCCAAAUUCACUAUUUAAUUACAAUAAACCAUGGACCCGAAUUUGAAUAAGGCCACUCAAACCACAUAAAUUUUAAAAUAAAAGAAUUUAACAUAGAAUACAAAACCUAAAGCUUAGGAAAUACCUUCAAUUAAUAAAUAUACAUAAAGAUUUAAAACUGAAUAUAACUGUACAAAAGAGUAAACAGAAUCCAGUAAGAUUUAGCAGAAUGGGAGAAAGGUUCCCAUGAACAAAAAGCAAUUUGAUUAAUGGUACAAAUCAUAGCAGAGUUGGGUGAACAAGACUGAAAUGAAAGUGUUUCAAUAAAGAAUGGAGAAGGAAUAAAUGAAUUAGGAUAUUGACUUGUAAUAAUAAAGCUUCAGCCCAAAGAUUUUAAAACAUUCGUAGGAUAUAGUAAAUCAAAAGUUCUCAGGUUGCUAGUUUAUGGAAAGAUAAUAGCAAUAUGACAAUUAUUUAAAAAUGAAAUAACAAAAUAGAGAACAUGAAGAAAUUCUGGAAAGACAAUCGUAGAAAUUCAGAAUGAGUCCAAUAUCUAAGUUAAUAGUUAGAAGUGUGACUCCAAAAUCAUAUAGAGAUUAUUCUAAAAAUCAUACUGCAAAUACAUCAUGGUUUGGAAACCAUAAUACACAAUGUUAUUAAUGA